CCAGAUCACAGGACCUCGUACAUGAAAUGUUCACUGUCUCACACACAGGAGUUCAGCAACGAGCUGCAUCGACUCUUCAACUUAUAAUGGACACUGAUCUGAUGCUGGCAUUCAAAUGUUUUUUGAAUAGCUUUUUGAAAAGUAUCUUUCGACAUGUGGUUUUCAAGAGAGUUAAAGGUUUUGGUCAAGAUUUUAAUCUACAGGAUAUUGUGACACAGUCGGUCUGCAUGAACCUGAUGGGAUUUCAAAAUUGAUGUUUUUUUGGAUGUUUAGCCAAAUUUCUGACACAAGACUCUAUUCUGUUCUGAGAGUCUAUUCCACUCUUCGUCAACAUUUGAGAAUUGCUUUGAGAGUUUGUGAUCUUAUAUCAGAAACCUGACUCACAUUUGGCUCUGGAUUUUACCUUCUAUUUGAACUCAUCACUAUUUGCAUACUGAGCUUGACGGUUUGUGGCUUUGCUUUUCUAUUACUGCCUUUUUUUAAGCGUAUUAUUUGAUUUCCAUCACCAUUUAACAUAAUUUAUUUUGAGGAACCUCAACUUGCUAACUCAUACUAACUGCUUGCUACAUAAGUCCCAUGCUGAAGAAACUUUGAAUGAAGCUUCAGAUGUUAUGGUCCCUUUAAAUACAAAAUAAUAUCUGAAGUGCCCCUGUGAUUUUGAUUUUUUUUUUUUUCCUUUUUUAACCGUUUAUCUACCAGCAUUUUGAAACACAUGAUGUUCAUCAUUUAAGGAUUUGAAUACAAGUUGAAACUUUUUUUGAUUGAAAUACAAAUUGAAAGUACAAAAUUGAACUGUUUAUACUAACUUUUAUAUUGAACAUUUUGCAAUUUUGUAAAUCUGAUCUGUGCAUCUUUAUACUGUAGAUUUGAUGCAGUUUAACUUUAUUUUGUAAAACAAAUUUAAAUAGAAGAACCUCCUUCUUGACUGUUGCAGCUUAUCAUUACUCCAAACCGUGUUUAUUAAGAAACUCAAACUGGUGCUGGACCACCAUUUGAUUGUAUAAAACAUUGAAGAUACCUUCUUCCUCCUCCUGCAUCGACUAUCUUCUCUCCAAAAUGUCUAAGGACCAAUGAUAUUCCAGAUGACAAUACGACUUCACGUAUUACAAAAGACACUACUCGGAAAUCCAGGUUUUUUUUUUUUGGCUGGUGUUAAUUCAUCAUUAGUUGUAGCAUACACAUUAAAGUCGCCACAAUGGGUAUGGAACUUUUUGCAGUAGCUGUGGUGGUGCUUCUGUUUUUCAUGGUUUUAAAGCAGUUUAGCUUUUGGGACCCACUCUCUAUGGAGGAUGACUGUGUAGAUGCUGAAUUGGAGCUGUCUAUGGUGAGACACCAGCCUGAAGGUCUGGAGAAACUUCAAGCUCAAACUAAAUUCACCAGGAAGGAGCUUCAGUCUCUCUACAGAGGUUUCAAAAACGAGUGUCCCAGUGGAUUAGUCGAUGAAGAAACCUUUAAGGUUAUUUAUUCCCAAUUCUUCCCUCAAGGAGAUGCCACUACAUACGCACAUUUUCUGUUCAAUGCCUUUGAUAUGGACCGAAAUGGUUCUAUACAGUUUGAGGACUUUGUAAUCGGACUGUCCGUGUUGCUGCGAGGUUCAGUAACUGAGAAGCUUAACUGGGCCUUUAACUUGUAUGACAUCAAUAAAGAUGGACACAUCACCAAACAGGAAAUGUUAGACAUCAUAAAGUCCAUCUACGACAUGAUGGGUCGAUACACAUAUCCCAAUGUGAAGGCUGAGGCACCAUUUGAACAUGUGGAGAAAUUUUUCCAAAAAAUGGACAGGAACAGAGACGGAGUUGUGACCCUUGACGAGUUCAUCGAGACAUGUGAGAAGGACCAGAGCAUUAUGGCUUCCAUGCAGCUGUUUGAGAAUGUUAUUUAAAGUACUGAAAGCCACAGCAUGAGAAAUCAGUAGAAAAUUAAUUCAAUUCAAUUCAAUUCUGCUGCAAGAUUCCUAAUUGGCUAAUAAAAAGAGAGAAAGUGAUAUUUCUACAAUCCGCAGUUUUCCUGACUGACCAACAAAACUGCACACUGCUACUGGAGUGGUUAUUAUAAAUUUCCUGCACAAGUUCCUAACACAGAGAUUGUGAUUCAGGAAUAUUAGCUGCAAAAAGGGGGGAAAAGGAACAUUUUCAUUCAUCAUCAUUUCAUCCUUUCAUUCAUCAUCCUGGUCAGCGUGACAGAAACGACCAGCUAAGCUUAUUAUAAAAUACUGGUAGCAGGGACAAACACAAAUAAUAACUCUAGGCAUGGUAUAUCAGAAUUCCUUCAGGAGCUGGAAGGAUUAGUCCCUUCAUGCACGGAAGUGGGCAGGAUUACCCAGAAUUUCCACCAGAGCAGAGGGGAAUGGUCUGAAUUUCUUCAGGUGUGGAUGGGAUUAGUCAAAAUUCCUGACUAUUGAUUUGUCAGAAUUUCUUCAGGAGCAGGCAGGAUUAAUCAGAAUUCCUUUCAGAUUCUGUAGAGUUGAUCAGAAUUCCUUCAGGAGCAGGUGGAAUUGAUCAGAAUUCCUUUAGGAGCAGGCAGGAUUGCUCAGAAUGCCUUCAGAAGCAGGUAGGAUUGGUCAGAAUUACUUUUGAGAUUGAGUGGGACUGAUCAGAAUUCCCUCAGAAACAGCAGGGAAUGGGUGAUAAAAAGGUCCAGAGCAAAAUUCUUGUGUAAUUUGCUGAGUAUAAAUUGAAUAAUGGAGAGUGGAAGCAAUUUUGCUUUCUGGGGACAGAACAGAAGUUUAGAGAUUUUGUGUGAAUGCAGUGUUACACACCAUAUAAUGUUUUUGCAAAUAUGAAGCUGUAAGGAUGUAGCAUGAUGCACUGAAACCUGCAUUAACAUCUCAUAUGCUCAUCAUACUGUGAAUUUAUCAGAAUGUUCUAGACCAGUUGUUGCUAAUAUAUAUUCACGUGAUAAUCAUUUGAAUCUUUAGACCUGAUUGUUUGUUAGAUGUUUGUAUAUUGUUAACACUGAUUUGAUCUGAUUGUAUGACACUGGACCAAAUAAAUAAGCAUUUGCAUGAUU